AUGCGAAGAAGCGUCAAAGAGGAGACGAAGAAAGAUUGCUUCCUGACCCGGCGCGCCGCGGCGUUGCUGCGGCCCAGCUGUGGGUGGUGUGAAGACCCAGCUGUGGGUGGUGUAAAGGGCCUAGCUGUGGAUGGUGUGAAGGGCCCAGCUGGCCCAGCUGUGGGUGGUGUGAAAGGCCCAGUUGUGGGUGGUGUGAAGGCCCCAGCUGUGGGUGGUGUGAAGGGCCCAGCUGUGAGUGGUGUGAAGGGCCCAGCUGUAGGUGGUGUGAAGGGCCCAGUUGUGGGUGGUGUGAAGUGCCCAGUUGUGGGUAGUGUGAAGGCCCCAGCUGGCCCAUCUGUGGGUGAUGUGAAGGCCCCAGCUGUGGGUGGUGUGAAGGGCCCAGUUGUGGGUGGUGUGAAGGGCCUAGCUGUGGGCUCUGUGGGUGGUGUGAAGGGCCCAGCUGUGGGUGGUGUGAAGGGCCCAGCUGUAGGUGGUGUGAAGGGCCCAGCUGUGGCCCCAGCUGUGGGUAGUGUGAAGGGCCCAGCUGUGGGUGGUGUGAAGGGCCCAGCUGUGGGUAGUGUGAAGGGCCCAGCUGUGGGUGGUGUGAAGGUCCCAGAUGUGGGUGGUGUGAAGGGCCCAGCUGGCCUAGCUGUGAGUAGUGUGAAGGGCCCAGCUGUGGGUGGUGUGAAGGCCCCAGCUGUGGGUGCUGUGAAGGGCCCAGCUGUGGGCAGGUGCUGA